UUAGUCGGCGGCGGCGGCCAUUAUGGGGCAUAAUUUGGUCACAACUCACAAGGCGUUGUAUCGGAGAGAAAUAUGAAUCAUAAUAUGAAUCAUCAUUGAGGACUAUGUUCGUUUGUUAAGUUUUAUAUAUACAUCACGAUUGUUGAAUUAUAAAGCAGGAAAGGAUGUCGCAUGUCGUCAAAUAGUGACUGGGUAAAAUGGCAGAAAAUGGGACAACUGAUACAACAGCAAGUCAGGAGUCCAUUAAAAACGAAGCUGAGAUAAUAACUGAAGAGUGUGAUGCUAUUUUUGUACGGAGAAACCCGGAGAGAUUCCCUGGAGAAGGAGAAGAGUUUUUCACGAACUUUAGGGAAAAAGUAAUAAAGACGUUAAAUCCGAAUGAUUGGAAAUGUGUCAAACAAAGUUAUAAUCAUAUCUUAAUAGUGAAAUGUGAUCAGUCAAAUCUGUAUGAAAGUCAGUCACAUGGUCUUUUUGUAGUGUCCAAGUAUAACAGUUUUACUUCUUCGGACAGUUUGUCCACCAAAACAGUCCGGGCAGCAGGAGCAGCAAGCGUGGACCCCUGUGACUGCCUCAAAUUUAACUCGAUAUUGAGAGAUCCAUCUGAAUUCAACAAGCAAUGACGAGUGGAUAGUGUUUGAGAAAUGUCGCGGCAUCACUUAUGUAUCUAUGACCGAUGAGAAAAGCAAUAUCCGUGUCAAAGAUUUUGACAAACUUAAAACUCUUGUUGGACAACUUAUAAAGCUACACAAAGAUGUGGAGAAUAUAGUAAACACUCGUGUCCCCUUGGGAGAAACGGAAGAUAAAAAAGCCAAUGCUAUCACCACUCAUAUUGUAAGUCAGGAGGAGUUCUUUAAGGAAGUGAACGAGGUAGUUUUCCAAAAGCGUCGAUUAUUAAAAGAGCUGAAUACUUUGGUUCUUAGACUCUGUAGAUCUGUUGAGGUUUUAGAAGAUGGUCAGAAUUCAGCAACUAACGGCGAAGGAGCUUCCGCAGCUGCAAAUCACGAGCAGAAUUCUAAGAAAGACGAGAAGCCACGUAGCAGUCAAACCGUAAGUUCAAUUCCUCUUCGGACCUUACUACAGUGCAUCGUAACACGAAUGACCACUUUAAACUGGGAGGAGCUUCGACGCUAUGUCGGUCGUCAAAUACCAGCGAGAGUUCUGAGAAAUGUCCCCAACGAUAUUGAGUUUUUCCAAGAAUUGGAGAAUCGAGAGAUGAUCCGGGUUGGUAAUACGGAGUACAUCAGAAAUGGGCUUUAUGAUAUUGGACGUGUUGAUCUCGUACACCUGCUGGACUGUAUUCAAGAAGGUGACUAUAGCUUACUGCAGCCUGAUGUUACUAGCCAAAUCUCAGAACAGACACGUCGCGAGGGUGCCAGUGGCAAUGCAGAAUCCAGAUCCAUCACUCGUGAAAUGCCAAAUUUGACAGUGGAUGGAGAAAGUGGUACUACCGCUGACCAGAAUGUAUUGUGGCCAUCUGAAGCUAAUGGAACAUCAACUUCAAGUCAAGAUACUACUUUGCAAAGAAGGUACCGUAAUGUACCCCAACGUACUGCAACACCACCAGCUUAUCCUGUUCAAGAGGACACUGAAUCGAUCUCCUCAACUGGCGCUCAUCAGCCUGCUCCAGAAGCUGGGGUGAGUGGAUCCGAGGAAGGUACCCAGGUACAAACCUCCGCCAAUCAAUCAAACGAGGGGAUUACAUCUACCCAGACAACAGAUACCAGCAAUGCAUCCAACCAGGGAACAGGUUCCGAGGAUUCAACUCCCCAGAGUGUAAUUCCCCAAGAAAGAGAUGUGCAGAGUACCCCGGAGGAAAAUACCCGUAGUGUAAACGAGGAGGAUAUCAGAGCAUGGAUGCAGAAUAGAGAUUAUUCUUGCGACCAUUAUGAUCGAUAUUGCACUGUUCAGUUUGCAUGUUGUGAUCGUUUCUGGCCUUGUCAUCGUUGUCAUAACUCCCAGAGUCAGUGUGCUGAAAGAAAGCUCAGAUCUCGUGAUAUAAAGAAAGUGAAAUGUCGUCGUUGCGGUAAAAUACAAGAUUUUCCUAAAGAGUCGCCAAAUUGCGUUCAGUGUAACUUGAAGUUUGCCGAGUAUUUCUGCCCCAUUUGUCAGCAUCUGACUGGAACACAGAAUCAUCCAUUUCAUUGUAACAAAUGUGGAAUUUGUAGAGUGCACGGUGAUCGUUCAUUCCACUGCGAUGUCUGCGGUGUGUGUCUUGAUGUUAAUCUGCGUGGAAAUCAUAGAUGUCGAGAAGGCUCUGCUCAUGACGAGUGUUGCAUUUGUUUUGAAGAUGCAUUCACUGGGUGUCAGAUAUUGCCGUGUUCGCACAAGGUUCACAAGGAGUGUGCUUCUCAAAUGGUGCGAAGCGGGAUAACCCAAUGCCCAAUAUGUCGGCAAAGUUUUGGAAAAAUUAAAACAGACAAGAGUAAGAAGUAACGGAGUUACAAAAAGAUUGAUGUGGUUAUAGGAUUUUUACUACAUUAAAGCUGGCUAAAAAGACUUCGCCAUUUCUACAUCAAAGCUUGCUGAAAAGACUUCGCCAUUUCUACAUCAAAGCUUCCGGAAAGACUUCGCCAUUUCUACAUCAAAGCUUGCUGAAAAGACUUUGCUAUUUCUAAAUCAAAGCUUGCUAUUGAGAUUAACGUUUUUUUGUUCGAUAUAUUGACAUAAUUGUUUUGUUGCUGCCCAUGAGUUUUAGAACAUGUAUUAAUCUUACGAAAAUCCGUUUGAUUUAUGUUUAAUAACAGGGAUUUCUGUAUGAAAAAGAAAGAAAUCCUUUUGCUUCUUCAA